CGCGGUGGGAUCGGCACUGGCACAUCGCCCCCGGGGAUGGGGGGCUGAGGGAAGCCCUCAGAUGUCCUGCCCUGUGCUCGUCAUGGCCCUGCCCCGUACGCUGGGGGAGCUGCAGCUCUACCGGGUGCUGCAGCGUGCCAACCUGCUGGGCUACUACGAGACCUUCAUCCAGCAAGGGGGGGACGACGUGCAGCAGCUCUGCGAGGCGGGCGAGGAGGAGUUCCUGGAGAUCAUGGCGCUGGUGGGCAUGGCCACCAAGCCCCUCCACGUCCGCCGCCUCCAGAAGGCCCUGCGGGAGUGGGCCUCCAACCCGGGGCUCUUCAGCCAGCCCGUUUCGGCCGUCCCGGUCAGCAGCAUCCCACUCUUCAAGCUCUCUGAGGCCGGUGGGCGCAAGGCACUCAGCAACGGGCACGCCAGCCCCGGAGAGGCAGCGGGCAAAGGGGGUGGCAGCGCCGGGACGCCCCCAGCCCGCAGCCCCACGGAGCCAGGAGAGAAGCUGUCACCAUCAGCAGCUCCACCAUGGCCAGGAAGGAGCACCCCCGAGUCAGAGGGUGGUGGAGAUGAGGAGCCCGGGGGUCCCCCCUUCUCCCCGGGCGGGAGCAGUGGGGAGCAGGCGGUGGGCACGGAGCUGGAGCCGGAGUUGGCACGGACGGUAGUGGAGAGUGUGGAGAGGCUGCUGCAGAGCUGCCCUCGAGGUGGCGAGGCCGAGCUGAGGGCGCUGAUGAAGCUCAACAAGAAGCUGGCCAAAUCUGUGGGGCACAUCUUCCAGCUGGAGGACGGGGACCGGCAGAAGGAGGAGGAGAUCCGGCGGCACAGCGCGAUCUACGGCCGCGGCGAGGCCCGGCGCCGCGAGGGCAAGCAGCUCACCCUGCACGAGCUCAUCAUCAAUGAGGCGGCCGCCCAGUUCUGCCUGCGGGACAACUCGCUGCUGCUGCGGCGCGUCGAGCUCUUCUCGCUGUCACGACAGGUGGCACGGGAGAGCACCUACCUGUCCUCGCUCAAGGUCGCCAGGGCCCAUCCCGAGGACAGCGGCGCCGUCGUGGCCAAGCGGCUCAAGCAGGAGGCGGGAGAGCAGAGCCGCCCUGAGCUCCUGGCGCUGCCGGUGGGGCUGGAGCCGCCCGGGGCCGGGUACCGAGCCAGCUUGGAGGAGGACACGGGCAGCCUCUCCGGGGAGAGCCUCGACGGCCAUUUACAGGCGGCGGGGGCUUGUCCCCGGCUGACCCCUCCGCCCGGCGCGGCCCCGGACGUGCCCCUCGGCCUCGCUCCCCACGGGCUCUGGAGCCGCCACAUCCUCCAGCAGACGCUGAUGGACGAGGGGCUGCGCCUGGCCCGGUUGGUCUCUCACGACCGCGUGGGGCGGCUCAGCCCCUGCCUGCCGGGGAAGCCCCCGGGACCAGAGUUCGAGGACGGGCUGGCGGAACGGGGUCCUCCGGCCCCCCCAGACCCCCCUCGGGGCACCAUCAAGGUGGAGCAGGAGACCAGCAGGCAGUGAGGCCCCUGUAGCCCCCCCGCCACCAUUAACGAAGCAAUAACGUGCUGGGGGACGGGUGCGGCGGCGCUCCGGGCCCCGGGGAGCUUGGGCAAGGGAGGGGGGGGGUCUCAUCCACAACCCCCCCCCUCGGCCCCCUCCCGUCCCACACCGACGCUCUGGUUACCUCAGCCGCGGCGGGAUGCGACUCCCCGCAGCAGCAAUACCCUCAUCCCGCCCGGCUCCGCUCCCCCGCCGCCCCCCCAGGGCUGGGGAGCCCUCGAUGGACUGGAGUCCACCCUGUACAGCCCCGUGCUGACCGUUCCCCCCCCACCUCGGGCCCCAUCACAGCUCGGGGACAGACGCGUCGCACUGUGCGCUCCCACGUCAGCGCUGCCGCCCACGCCGGGCACACGGUCCCCACCCCCCGCACCAGCAGCGCCCACGCACCAGCCGCCAGCCCCUUCCCCGCAGCACGUGCCAGCUCACUGUGCACCCCCUCCCCAAACACUGCGACCCCCCCCAGCACCACAUCGGCUGUAAAUACCCCCCCCCACACCCACACCCCCGCACGCAUCCCCCCCCCGCACCCCGAUACCUGCGUGUGCUUCCAGCAUGGUCCCUGUGCCGGGGGGUGUCACACGUGCCUGGGGGUGUCACCCCCUCCCAGCACGAUGCAGGCGGUGUUUGAUGGGCACUGGGGAGGUGCUGUUCCCCCCCCCCGACCCCACCCCAAAACCCCUCGGGGUUCCUCCUCUUUACCCCCCCCAUCCCUACAAACCGUGCCCAGCCCCGGGGUUCCCACCCCCACCCCCCCGUUAGGACUGUGUGGUGUCUUUUUAGAGCAUUAGCGACUCUUCCUUUGUACCGUGUACAGUAGAUUAUUUAUUUUGUUAUUUUGGAAUAAAACUUUAUUUUAUGGCUUAUCUUCCUACCCCCUUGCUCCAGCCUGGAGGUGAGGGAGGGAGAGGGGGGUGAGGAACAGCUCAAAACCCCGAAGCAAGCG